UUCACAUUAAGUUUUUUAGUUUUUCCUGCGCGCUCGGUACGAAUUGGUGUGUUUUUAGAUAAAUGUGAUUGUUAUGAUGAGCGGCCACAUCCUUUCUCCGAUUUAAAUUUGUCGUAAAUUGUGUUAACUGUUGAACAAAGAGUUCGAGUGAAGUGUACGGUCGCCAUGGCUCGUCUAACAGAGGAGAUGGUGAUCGCUAGAUCAAAACAAUCUGACCUUUCGGCUAUAAAGAAACUGAAUUGCUGGGGCGCAGAGCUGGGUGACGUGAGUCUUCUGCGGCGAAUGCCCAACGUCGAAGUGCUGGCGCUAAGCAUAAACAAGAUCCGGUCCCUGGGUGACUUCGCUGGCUGCCGGCGGCUGCGCGAGCUGUACGUCCGCAAGAACGAGAUCCGCGACCUGGCCGAGAUCCGCCACCUGCGCCACCUGCCGGACCUCACCAGUCUAUGGCUGGACGAGAACCCCUGCACGCACCAUCCUGAGUAUCGUAUGACGGUCCUACGCAACCUGCCCAAUUUGGAGAAACUUGACAAUGUCGUUGUUCACCCAGAGGAAGUGCAAGAAGCGAUGCGGCGCGGUGUCCACAUACCUGACUCAGAUGACGAGGGAUAUCCACAACAGCAGGAGACAUACGGUCAGUACCGACGGCAGCGGUCGUGCGAGUCCAGUCCGGAGCGCGAACCCGAGCCCUACUACGGUCGCGCGCCGCAACCGACACAGAGGCAAGAUCAGGGCAGCGACAGCUCGGCAGAGGUGGAGCCGGCGGAAACGUCGCAUUCGCCGCCCGCGCAGUGUCCGGUGUCCCCGCGACGCGCGUCGCCGGAGCCCGACGAGCGGUACGAGCAUCCCGCCAUGAGCUCCUCACAUUAUGAGCCCCGGGGCGGCCCACGUUCCCCAGAAGCGGCUUCGCUACGGCAUUCAGUCUCCGCUCAAAGCGUCAAAGACUAUACGUACGCGUCAAAUGGCGAAUGGCGGCACGCGGCGGGCCCGCCGCACGCCGUGACGUCACCGCAGACACACGACAACGAUAGAUGCUGCGAUAGAGACAGGAGUGAAACAUACUCGACGCGGGAGUGGGAAAGGGAUCGGGAGAGGGAAAGAGAACGAGAGAGGGAGCGAGAAAGCUAUCCAUCAGCCGUCAUGGCGGAGCAUAGAGGUUUUACGAGAAGGCCAGUUGCGAGGAACUCGAAUCUGCUGUCGGCUGUGCUGUGUUUGGUGAAAGAGCUGGAUUAUCCGAGUUUGGAGGUCGCAGAAAUGGCUGUCAGAUGUCGUAUGGACGAGCUCGCCAACAGUCAGUGACAAAAUGCCGACACCGACCGCUGAGUUUGACGGGAAAUGCGAUCUUACACUCGUGCGUUUAAAGCACGAUAUCGCGUAAACGUUUCGUCGCAAUAUUGUGAGCGCACAGGCGGUUUGAGAGACUAAAUAUUGUGUGAUAUUAAAACUGCCCUUGUUAUGAGAUUAUUUGCUCUGUUCCUGCCUUUUGUGUUAUUUACGUGUUGACUUAACGCAGUUAGGAUUUGAAAAUGUCUAGUGCAAAAUGUAAUUCGAUGUAAAAAUUGUUUUGAUUAUAUAUGUAUUAGUGGUUGUAGCAGUGACAUUGCGUGAAUGUUAAAGAGAGAGAAAAUUGUAGUUCUCUCUUUUUCAUUUGUGGUGUCUUCAGCGGUGUCACUCCAGACUUAGCAUAGCCAUUAGCGACAGUAGAAAUGCGAAAGAAUAGAAACAUAGACUGACUGAUUUUAGGGAAAAACUUACAGAUUUCCUUUGUCAAUCUGUAACUUUGUCUAUUCUACUGUAGAACGAAGCCUAUUUAAUGCUGGCCAUGCUAAGCGUGCUGAUUAAUAAUGUUAUAAUCUUUAGAUGAUAACGAAAUAAUGCAACAAUUAACUGAGCUUCGUAAGUACGUAAUCUCAUUAAAUAUUUCUAACACAUUUUAUUAUCGACAGUUUUUGACUGAUUAAUAAUUAAGAUGAAAAUCUUUUUUCGGUCUAUAGGUACAUUACAUAAAACAU